UAUAUACAAUAUAUCAAAAAUAUACUGUAUACAUCAAAUACUACCUCUUGGCUCUAUCGUGGCCACUUUUGGCCCAUUGACACCCAUUCAAACCACAUGUUUUCAUUCCUUGUUAUUUACAGUAUAAAAUAAUACAAUUUUGGUAAAAUGGCUUUUAUUAUAAACUCAACACUUUUUUUUUACCAGAUUAUGUUAUUUAUUCAUUUUUGGCAAAGGGAGUAAUUUCAUGUAAUAUUCUUAGUUUCCAGUAGGGGCGUAUGAUAGCUUACUGCACUCCAAUGGAGCAAAUUAAUUACACAAUUUUGACGUAGGUGUGAUCAUAAGGAUGUCAGUUAAUGAUUUGUGUCUGUGCAUGAAAAACAAAUUGUGUGUGCAGCACAAAUAUGUAUUAGCAAGAUAGAGUUAAAGAAAUGAUGAUGUAUUUCUGUUGAUGCAGGUUAUUGAGCUUUGAGUUUCCCAGGCACACUUGUCUUUAAUGCACAUGUUGAAAGCAUCUUUAGCUUUUUUCUUUUCAUAAAAAAUGCCACACACAUCUACACAAUAGCCCUUACACACCCAAAUAUCUACUCUCCAAAAUAAAAAAGAUCCCAGGACAUGUUGCAGAGGUCAAAGGUUCAGCUGCAGGGGAAAGAAAACAAACUCUGGCACUGUUUAGAAACCUGUCCUGGAGUUCAUGCAGGUGCAGUCAACACUAAUUCUUUAAGUAAGCCGAAUAGCUCCCAGAUCAUUUUGGCUCUGGCAAGAUGGCAAGAAGGUCAUAUUCACUGCUUCAAGCACUUGACUGUGUGACACGCUCAGAGAGUGAAGAUGGGGAGAAAUCCUCUGCACUAGAAGAAGAGUCAUCUUCUACCCAAGAUGGGUGAAGGUAUUCAUGUGCUACGUGACAUGUACGAUAAGUAAUGGGUUGUGUCCCAAAUCACUCACUCUUUCCCUACUCCCUACUCACUAUAUAGUGAGUUAUAUGUAGUGGAUAAUAUAUAAAUAUAAAUAAAUAUAUAUAUAUAUAUAAAAUGCACUUAUUUAGCAAACAUUCAAAGCAUUUCGGACACUAGUCACUCACUUACCGGCCGUUAACUGUGACAUCAUUGUUGUCGCACAAAUAACUGGUGGAGCUUAACUCCAGUCAAUGAUCAAUAAUGAAAUGUAUUAUCAUGAACCCCCACACACACACACACACACACACACACACACACACACACACAUUGCAAACUAUUGGUUUAGGACACCUUACAGGUAGAGUGCUUGGGAAAGGAGCACAGUGUAUUAUUUUCAGCGUUGUUAACCACAGUUUUCUGCAACUAGCUCAUUAGCUUUAUCUUUUGGAAGAUUCCACUCAUGGGAAAUAAGUGCAUAGACAGAGUCCACAACUGAAGCCAUAAACAGGCAAGCAAACAAAUCCCUCAAUAAUUAGACUUACUGUGACAGCCACAGAUACAAUCCAUAAAAGUUGAGACAUUGAGGAAAAUGUAAAUAGAAUGAUUUUGAAAAUGUAGGCUAACACUUUGAAAAAAAUUGCCCACUGAAAGCAACUAAAAUCUUGAAACUGACAGCAAUUAUUGUUUUUUGGAAUAUUUCAUGCCCAUUUUGAAUUUGAUGCCAGCGAUUUAUUUCAAAAGGUUUGGACAGAGUCAUGUUUACCUCUCUGUUGAACAGCAACCACUAGCUCCAGCUGUUGAGUGUGUCUGCAAGGACCACUCUACAGUGGUUUGCACAUCCUGCCGCUCUUGAGAAUGCAUACACACACACACGCAUGUACACACAAAUACUCAUUGAAACACACUUUUAAAAAAAUCAACUGUUGAUAGUGGAAAAUAAUCUUAUGUGGUAUUUUUAUAGCAUUUUGUAAAAACAAAGAAAAUGUUUUUCGCCUCUAACACGCCAAGUGGGAGUUUCUGUCUUUUUAGUCACUGCUCAAAAUAAGUAAUAAUGCCAAAAUAUACAUAUAAUCUUUGUCACUGUUACUGACCUGCAAUCAUCAUUAAAAAAAAAUUGGUUGCAUCAAUGUUAUGUGAAAAAAUUACAACUUUCUCUCUUUUUUCCCUCGAAAGUUAGUGGUAAUAUGUAAUCUGACUGGUAUUUAAAGGGUUAACCCUUUAAAUGCCUGUUAGAUCACAAUAUGCUAAUGAUGUAAAAAUGGAGAAAAGCGUAUAAUCCCAACUUUUUACCAAAUAAUACAUGCUACCUGAUAAUUAAUGAUUAACCAUCAUUGCAGCUAAAUGUAUGUCAAUAAUUAGCAGUACCAAUUAUUUUUAUGCAUCACUAAUUUUUUGUGCAGUGACAGUAAAACAGAAAAAACCUCUCAGCUUGUUCGUGGCCAAAAGUGACCACCUCUUGUUUAUAUUCUGAAAAUGCUAUAGAAUGUAUAUAUAUAUAUAUUGAAAGAUUUGUCCACUUUCACCACUUGAUUUUUUUAAUUUGCUUUGCUUUGCUGAACAUGAAAGUCAAAAAUGUAAUAAAUUCCAGAAUUUUAAAAUUCUGAAUUUGAAUGACAUUUUGGUUUUCAUGACAAGGACUGAAGCAAAUAAAAAAAAAUCAAGUGGUGAAAGUGGACAAAUCCUUUAAUAGAAAAUAUUUUUAUAGUAUUUUGCAAAUGUAAACAAGAGGUGGCCACUUUUGGCCACAAACAAGCUGAGAGGGAGUUUUUAUGUUUUUCUGUCACUGCACAAAAAAUAAAAAUGCAUUGAAAUCACUGUUGCUGUUAAUAAGUUACAUAUCUCAGACUGUGCUACUAUAUAUAUAAGAAAUACCAGUAGCAUUGAGAAUAUAUAUAUAUAUAUAUAUAUAUAUAUAUAUAUAUAUUCAUGACAAGCACUGAUGUUAUGCACUGAAAAUCUAAAAAAUUACUGAAUCAGUCUGUUAGUGGCCAUUUUUGGCCACUAACAGACUGAAAGGGUAGUAAAAAGGAACAAAGCAUGAGGGUUAAUUGCACAUGUGUUAUUUACAUACAUGGUUUUAAUUAAAUCAUAGGUUUUCCCCCCUAUGCCACUUUCUAGUAAUUUGUAAAACAGUCCUUCAUGCCAAAUGGAGUCAAACGCCUUCCUGAAGUCUACAAAACGAGGAUCCUUUUUCUUUUUCUUUUGGUGUACAUGUUGGUUAAUGAGAGUGCUGAGGGUGAAGAUGUGAUCUGAUGUGCGAUGGUGAGGCAUGAAUCCAAUCUGACUUUUAUGCAGGAUGUUGUGUUCUUUUAAGAAGUUUAUGAUGCUGCAGAGCACUUUGCCCAAACAGCUGGUCGAACAUAUUCCUCUGUAGUUCUGAGGGUCACUUUUGUCACCACUUUUAAAUAUCGGUGUAUUAAGACCUUGACUCCAACUCUCUGUCUCUCUGUCUCUCUCUCUCUCAGUUUCUUGGAGGAAGUGAUGUCAUCAACGGGUCUGAGCAGCGACAGAGCAGCAGGAAGUGUUCGUCCGGGCAGCAGACGCUGAACGUUCAUAGAUCUGAAGUCUUUAAUGUGUUGAUUUGUUGUUUCAUGUCUCAUUAAUGUUUUAAAUUAAAAUAUAUCAUCACAACAAGUGUCUGAAUAUUGACUUCUUAUCACCAUAAACAAGACCAGCUGAGCCGAGGAGCAGCCAGGUCAGGACGGUGUGGACCCCCUGCAGGGCUCAGUCAACAAGUCCAAACUGCAGCGUCUGUAAACACAGAAAGGAGACUUCAACCUUCAGAUCAGCUGUUUUUGUUCCUGUUGUGAACAUCAUGACUUCUGACCUGUUUCUAUAAGUUCAGCUGUGAUGAGUCAGCUUCAGAUUCUGAAAAACAUGUUAAAGUCUGCGAGGACUGUUUGUGUGUGAGGCUUCCUAUUAAAACUGUGACUCAGAUAGAUUAAGCUCCCCCUUGUGCUCAGUGCUGGUACUGUGUGUAUGUUCAGGGUUUGUGUUCUUUCUCAGUUUAUACAAAAACAAACUCUACAAGGAGCAGGGGUUUGGUCCUCCUACGUCCUGGAGUCCCAGGUCAGAGUCCAGGGUCUGGACCGUCUAGACGGCUUCCAGCUCUGUUGAAAACAAACAGACACUUUGGACUGACCGCUCAGUCAGAGACCUUUAUAAGAGAACACGCUCCAGGAUCUCACAGCACGGAGAGGUUCAGUCGAGUUGAGAUGUCGGUCCUGGUUCGAGUAGUUCUGCUGGUUCUGCUGGUGCUGAGUUCCAACGCAGCGCCUGCACCCGAGGACUGUAAGAUGCCGGAGAAGGUGAAGGGAGAAGACGUACACAAGCUAAAGGGGGCGAGCUGGGUCCUGGUGGAGGCCUUCACAGAUUACCCAGCAGGAGUGAUGCUGCUGUCAGGAGCCAACAGUUCCCUGGUGGAGAUGAGCCUCAACAACGACAACAAAAGCUUCCUGUUUGUGGAGAGAAACAUCGUGAACGACAAGUGUCUGACCUUCUAUGUCAACAUGUCAGUUCCUGACCCCGAGGCGUCCAACCUGACCCUGCAGCUGGCCGGUCCAGGGCUCCAGGACUUCGAUGGGGAAAUGUCUCCGUACGAUGAUGAGGGGAAAUUAAAUGUGUACCAGAGCUGUCCUCACUGUCUGCUCAUUAUCUACAGCGGAGUGUUUGAGGGCACAGCAGGGAGGAUGCUGCUCAUCUACAGGCAGGAAGGGAAACACCUGGACACGGAGGAGCUGACAGCUGCUCGCAGCGUCCACAGAGAGAUCGCCGAGUGUCUGAAGUUCAUGGUCCCAUCACAUUUCAAAUAUGAUGGGAAGGCAGAGUUUUGUCUGGAGAAAAAGGACGACGAGAAAGACGCCUGAAACAAGAAGACAAAGAAAUGAUUUGAAGUUUUCUUUUUGUUUCUUUGAAUUAAACAAAGUCAAC